AUAGACCUACUCGCGCAGUCCGGUGAGAGCAAGGACGCGGCGACAUCCGCAUGACACCGUGGAAGCUAGAGCAAAGUCGGGUCAUCUAGAAUAACUCUUGAUGAAUAUAAAUGAGAGAGAGAGAGAAAGAGAGGCCUGUUAUCGCUGAGUGUCACUGAAGAAAGGGAAUUGAUAAAACUGCAUAGGAUCAGCUGACUAUUGCGUAGCGAGUGUUUCUAGUACAGGAUAACGGCUUCUUCAGAACAACAGCCCGGUUUCCACGAUGCGCGAGCCGAUGGAGGCACUCGCUUGGGUAUGGGCCAACCUGUCAACUUGUACAUGGACACUCUUGCUGUCAAGUGUGGUCCUAUAUCUUUAUCGCUGGGUAAGAGAGCGUCGUCAGUAUCACUCCAUAUUUUCGAAGAUGGGCGUUCCACACAUAAAGCCUCACAUUUUAUACGGCAGCAACCACCAGCUCCGCGGUAAAGGCAUCUUAUCCAUUGACGUUAUUGGUAAAUGGGUAAAAAAAUACGGCAAAGUCUUCGGUUACUACAUCGGAUGGAAACCGACGCUUGUAGUAAGCGACUUGGACAUGAUCAAAGACAUACUCAUCAAGGAAUUUCACAACUUUGCCAACCGCCCAAAACUCGUGAUCGAGGCCCAGCCCGUCGUGCACACUGUCGUAGGCCUACGUGACCAGCGGUGGAAAGACGUGCGCUCCAUCCUGGCCCCGACCUUCUCCAUGGUCAAGAUGAAGCACAUGGCAGGGAUAAUGAACGAAAAGGUGGACGAACUGCUAACCAUUAUAGGCGAGAAAAGUAAUGCCGACAAGCCAAUAGAGUGGUACUCGACCUACCAGGGUCUCACGCUGGAUGUGAUCAGCGAGUGCGCCCUUGCCAUGAAAACCACCUGCCAAAGAGACCAAGAAAAGCACGAAUUUUUCACGGCAGUUCGCUCCUUCCUCAAGAACGCGGUAAACCCCGCGAUUCUUCUGGCACUGUACUUCCAGGGCUUCGGCAAAAUCCUGAGCUACAUCAGCAAUAGAUUUGCGCUGUCGGGCCGCAUGACGCAAAUGAUCGUCGACCACUUGAAGACCGUCAUCAGUAUGCGGCGCAACGACCUGCACGCCAAGAACGUUGACGUGUUACAGUUAAUGCUGGAGGCUGCGGAGUCCCGUGUGGAUACUGAUGGCGCCGCCGCGAACGGGAUAUCCAAAGAGAGACCAAAACGCAAGCUUCUCUCUGACGAAGAAAUUAUCGCCAACGCCUGGGUCUUCCUGCUGGGGGGCUUUGAAACCACUGCCAACUCUCUCACGUAUACCACGUAUUUGCUUGCCCAGCACCCAGAAGUACAGGACAAAGUCUACCAAGAGCUCCAGGACGUCAUCAAGGAUGCAAACACCAAUUUGACAUACGAGCAGGUGCACAAACUCACAUAUCUGGAUCAGGUAUUUUCUGAGGCACUGAGACUAUACCCGCCUGUUGUGACCUUCCUGACGAGGGAGGCAGCGGAAGACAUACAGAUUGGCGACGUACUCAUCCCGAAAGACAUGAAUGUGCUCGUUCCCAUUUGGCUUCUCCAGCGAGACCCAGAGCAGUGGACUGACCCAGAGAAAUUCGACCCAGACAGAUUUUCUCCGGAAGCCAAGGCAAACAGCACCAGACACCCUAUGUCUUAUAUUCCCUUUGGAGCUGGUCCAAGAAACUGUGUUGGUAUGAGGUUCGCCCAGCUUGAGGCGAAAUUAACACUAGCAAGAGUAUUGUUGAAUUACAGACUUGACCCUUGUAAGGACACUCCUAACCCUCUCAAAUUUGAAAUUCCUACCGUGGCCAUCAACCCAGCCGACCCAGUGUUAAUCAAAGCAAAACCGAGGAGUUAAAUCAGUGGUUCUCAGAUUAUCAUUAUUAUUAUUUUUUAUCCCAAUGUAAAGUCUGACAGGGUUUUUUUUCAGAUUUACCCUCAAUUUAAUAUCUGACAGAUCCGGAUUACCCCCAGCGUAAGAUUUUACUCGUUAUCAUUCAGUAGAGUUUACCCUUAGCUUGAGAACCACCAGAUAUGACUUUUAAUGCUGAAGAAAGAUCAAACUAUUUGUGUUUUUGUAUUAACCUGAUCUAUUGUCUUCCUUAUUGAAAGCUUAAGAUCAAUGCAAAACUGUAUAUAAUGUUGGAAGAUGAAAAUUGAGAAGAUAUUUUGUGGGUGACAGACGUAGCUUACUCGUGCGCGCGCGCGUGUGUGUGUGUGUGUAUGUGUGUGUGUGUGUGUGUGUGUGUGUGUGCGUGUGUGUGUGUGUGUGUGUGUGUGUGUGUGUGUGUGUGUGUGCGUGCGUGCGUGCGUGCGUGCGUGCGUGCGUGUGUGCGUUCAUAUUCCGAAAUAAAUGCAUGAGCAAGCAAAGACCGCGCCAUAAGUAACGUAAUGAAAACAACAAUCAUACCUGAUUGACUUCUGCUUACCAAUAAGCCUUGGCAAGAACAACAUUCCCUACAUAUGUAAAGCAAUGACAAUGCAGUUUUCGAACUGUUCUAUAUUAUGGAAUAAAUGUAUAUAAUCUAUA